GCGCCCCCCCGGACCAGGGACCUCCCUGUCUCCUGGGGGCCUCGGGGGUCCCAGCCUGGGCUUCGAGGUGCCCCUGCUCCCUGCACCCCCAACACCCCUUCCUCCGCCCCGCCCUCCCCAGGUUCCAAACGUCUCUAAGCGUCCCCCAGGACCUAGUUCACCGCCUAAGCGUGUGCCCACUCCCCUCGGAGCUGCCAGUGCCGUCCCGGUGCCGCGGUUCGAUGAGCCCGCAGGGGGCGCCCUGCCGCCUCGGUGACAGCGGAAGAGAUUGGGCCUGUGAAGGGCGGGACUUGCCCGGGUGUCCGCCUGUGGGUGGGAUCGCGAACAGGCCUCAGGCUCCCAGGCCAAGCGUUGUGCCCACUGUACCCCGGUUUUCUUAAGCGAGUACGUGCAACACUAACCACGUCUUGUCAGAUAAAACCACGCCCUGAUGCACAUUUAUCCCGUUUCUGAGAGCACAUACUCUGUGUUCCUCUGUAUGCCUUGAUUUUUAACAAUUGAAAGAAAAGUAAGAAAAUAGGUCAACAGUAUAACAGGAUUUCCCCCGCCCCCCCGCCCCCCAACCACCUUUUAUUUAAGGGUGGCCAACCUUUUGAAAACGGAGCUAGUGUUUAUAUUCACCAGUGGGAGGAACCUGUCGGAUGACCUCCAUCCUUUUGGGGUGGCAAUGGUUCGGGUGCGUCCCUCUGUCACCCUUGAGCCCUAUCUGAGUGUUCACAGGGCAUCAUUUCAUUGCGUUUUCUUUGGCGAUCCUCACGCAAAAGGUUCCCAGCCACACAGGCCAGGGUACUCAUGACUGCAAUGACUUGCCUGUUCUCCCCUAGGUCCGCUGUUAACAACCUGCACACUUUUCCAAGAGCAGCAGAAAAUGCAUGAGCCCCAGCUGCUGAUUUUUGACGUUUUUAAUUUCCGUUUUGGAGGUAAUAAUUGCUACCGCUAGCGAGCCAGUGUCAUUCAGGGACGUGGCCGUGGACUUCACCCAGGAGGAGUGGCAGCAGCUGGGCCCGGAGCAGAAGACCACCUACAGGGACGUGAUGCUGGAGAACUACAGCCACCUCAUCUCCGUGGGGUACGACAGCACCAAGCCCAGUGUGAUCGUCAGGUUGGAGCAGGGAGAGGAGCCGUGGGUGGCAGAAGGUGGCUCUCCGUGCCAGGGUUGCCCAGAAAAAAUCAAGAAAGUUGAUGAUAUAUUAGAAAGAAUCCAAGAAAAUGAAGAUGAAUGUUCAAGGCAAACUUACGAUAUCAAUAGUAAAACCUUAAUUGAAGAGAGAGAGAAUACAUUUGAUAAAACUUAUAACACAGAAGCAAACUUUGUUCCUUCAAGCAUAUCUCAUAGUUGUGUCUCUUGUGGAAAAAAUAUAGAAUCUAAUUCAGAAUUAAUUAUUAGCGAUGGAAGCUAUGCAAGAAAGAAGUCUGAUGAGUGUAGUGAAUGUGGGAAAACACACCAUGGAGAGAAACCUUAUGAAUUUAAUCAAAAUGGGGAAGGCUUUUCUCAAAAUGAAGAAAGUAUUCUUCAGAAAGUUAAUAUUUUAGAGAAACCCUUUGAGUAUAAUGAAUGCAUGGAAGCCUUAGACAAUGAAACUCAUAAGAGAGCUUAUAUCGGGGAGAAGCCCUGUGAGUGGAGUGAUUCUGGACCAGACUUUCUCCAGAUGUCAAAUUUUAAUGUGUACCAGAGAUCACAGAUGGAACUGAAGCCCUUUGAAUGCAGUGAAUGUGGGAAAUCCUUCUGUAAAAAGUCAAAAUUCAUUAUACAUCAGAGGGCUCACACAGGAGAGAAACCUUAUGCGUGUAAUGUAUGUGGCAAAUCCUUCAGCCAAAAGGGAACCCUCACUGUACAUCGGAGAUCACACUUAGAGGAGAAACCCUAUAAAUGUAACGAAUGUGGGAAAACCUUCUGUCAGAAGUUACAUCUCACUCAACAUUUGAGAACUCAUUCAGGAGAAAAACCCUAUGAAUGUAGUGAAUGUGGCAAAACCUUCUGCCAAAAGACGCACCUCACGCUCCACCAGAGAAAUCAUUCAGGGGAGAGACCCUAUCCGUGCAAUGAGUGUGGGAAAUCCUUCUCCCGCAAGUCAGCCCUCAGUGACCAUCAGAGAACACACACAGGAGAGAAACCUUAUCAAUGUAGUGAGUGUGGAAAAUUCUUUUCUCGAGUGUCAUACCUCACUAUACAUUAUAGAAGCCAUUUAGAAGAGAAACCCUAUGAGUGUAAUGAGUGUGGCAAAACCUUCAAUUUGAAUUCAGCCUUCAUUAGACAUCGGAAAGUACACACGGAUGAGAAACCCCUUGAAUGUAGUGAAUGUGGAAAGUUUUCUCAAUUCUCAUAUCUUAAUGACCAUCAUACAACUCCUUUAGGAGAGAAACCCUAUCAAUGUAAUGAAUGUGGGAAAACUUUCCUUGAAAAUUCAGCCUUUGACGGACACCAGUCAAUUCCAGAAGGAGAGAAAUCCUAUGAAUGUAAUAUAUGUGGGAAAUUGUUCUCCGAUUUAUCAUACUACACUGUACAUUAUAGAAGUCAUUCAGAAGAGAAGCCCUAUGGAUGUAGCGAAUGUGGGAAAACCUUCUCCCAUAAUUCAUCCCUCUUUAGACACCAGAGAGUACACACAGGAGAGAAGCCCUAUGAGUGUUAUGAAUGUGGAAAGUUCUUUUCUCAGAAGUCGUAUCUCACCAUACAUCAUAGAAUUCAUUCAGGAGAGAAGCCUUACGAAUGUAGUAAAUGUGGAAAAGUCUUCUCUCGGAUGUCAAACCUCACUGUACAUUAUAGAAGCCAUUCAGGAGAGAAACCCUAUGAAUGUAAUGAAUGUGGAAAAGUCUUUUCCCAGAAGUCGUACCUCACUGUGCAUUACAGAACUCAUUCAGGAGAGAAGCCCUAUGAAUGUAAUGAAUGUGGGAAAAAAUUCCACCACAGAUCAGCCUUCAACAGCCACCAGAGAAUCCAUAGGCGGGGGAAUGUGAAUGUACUCAAUGAGGGAAAUCUGUGAAAGUCAGACCUCGUUUUAGAAAAACCUUCUGAAUAAUGAUUUGGAGUCAGAUAUCAUGAUCUGAGAGUUCAUAUGUUGAAUGGGGAAAAACAUUCAGACAUUAGGUUCAUUUUCAUCUGACUUCACAGAGGAGAGUCUCUAAGAAGGCAACAGGAAAAAAUGCCUUCAGAACAUGCUACAACUCAUUGGACACUAGAUAAUUUAUACUGGAGUCAAUUUUAUAAGUAUUUAAUAUUUAUUUUGGAUUAAAGUUGUAUUUACAUAUCAGGGAGUCAUACCAAGGCAAAAUCUGUCAAAAUUGAUAAAUGUGGAAAAAUAUUUUGUCUUGGAAAUUAUUAUACCAAAAGCCAUAUUUCUGAUGUAAAAUCACAUGUUUGUAGGAAAGAAAUCAGAAGCUAUCACCUCUAAACCUUUAUUGUAUAAAAUGAAGUUUUCAAACCAUCAGGACUCGAUAAUAAGGUCAGUAGCGUUAAAUACUUAUAUGGAAGUUUCUAUCAUGUUUUAAAAAUGCAAUCUAAUAAUUCUAUGCAAGUUUGGAUUUGAAUAAUUUAUGAAAAGGCAGUAUUCUUAUUUGAGUAUUAAAAUGUCAGAAUGUUGGUGAGAUGUUCGACAGGUAAAGAAUAGUUAAGUGCAUAAGUUUCUAUUCUUUUGAUGCACUUAUAAAUGGGUUUCUAAUAAAUGCCUCACCAAUAGUGA